AUGUCAGGAGCAAUUGGACUGAGUCACCAGGGCUGCCAGCUCGAGAGCAUCAUGCGCAGCGUGGAGGGUGUGGAGCGCAAGACGCGCAUCUUCUGCACGCUGGGGCCGGCCUGCUGGUCCGAGGGAGGACUGGCGGAGCUCAUUGACGCUGGCAUGAACGUCGCGCGCUUCAACUUUUCGCACGGAGACCAAGCGAGCCACACGGAGGCGCUCAACCGACUGCGGGCUGCGUUGGCCACACGCCCCUACAAGAACGUGGCCACGAUGCUGGACACCAAAGGGCCAGAGAUCCGCACGGGGUUCCUGGCCAACAAGGACAAAGUCACGAUCGAGAAGGGCUCGACACUGGAGCUCACGACCGACUACGACUUCCUCGGCGACGAGACCAAGAUCGCCUGUUCGUACCCAGAGCUGCCCCAGUCCGUCAAAGUCGGCGGCUCCAUUCUCGUUGCUGAUGGUGCACUUGUGCUGACUGUCACGGCUAUCAAAGAGAACAAUGUCGUGACUCGGGCGGACAACACGGCGACGCUGGGCGAGCGCAAGAACAUGAACUUACCUGGCUGCAAAGUCAUGCUUCCGACGCUGACCGAGAAAGACGAGGACGACCUCGUGAACUUUGGUCUCGUGCACGGCGUGGACUACAUUGCUGCGUCGUUUGUGCGCACGGGCCAAGACAUUGACAACAUUCGCAAGGUGCUUGGUCGUCGCGGCCGGAGCAUCAAGAUCAUCGCGAAGAUUGAAAGCCAGGAAGGGCUUGAGAACUUUGACGAGAUCUUGGCCAAGGCGGACGGUAUCAUGGUCGCGCGUGGGGACUUGGGCAUGGAGAUCCCGCCGGAAAAGGUGUUUCUCGCCCAGAAGAUGAUCAUUCGGAAGGCCAAUAUUGCUGGCAAACCCGUUGUGACGGCCACGCAGAUGCUCGAGUCCAUGAUCAAAGCUCCACGACCGACCCGUGCCGAGUGCACGGAUGUCGCGAACGCUGUGCUCGAUGGCACGGACGCGGUGAUGUUGUCAGGGGAGACUGCAAACGGCGAUUACCCCACUGGAGCCGUGACGAUGAUGUCGAAGAUCUGCGUGCAAGCAGAAGGUGCGAUCCACUACAACGAGCUGUACCAGGCUCUUCACGACUCGGUGCUCGAUACGUACGGCCAAAUGAGCACACAAGAGGCCAUCACGUCGUCGGCUGUGAAGACAGCGAUCGACAUCAAGGCCAAGAUGAUCGUCGUGCUCACCGAGUCGGGGAACACGGCGCGUCUCGUGUCCAAGUUUCGUCCAUCAAUGCCCGUCUUGGUGCUUACAGCACUCGGUGCAACGGCCCGUCAAGCUGAGGGCUUCAACAAGGGCGUCACCGCGCGUUGCAUGGGCUCCAUGAUUGGCACAGACUCGAUCUUGUACCGUGCAACAGACCUGGGUAAGCAAUUUGGCUGGGUAGAGCCUGGCGAUAACGUCGUGGCUCUUCACGGUAUGGUAGAGGCCCGCUCAGGCUCAACCAAUAUGCUCAAGGUGCUGACGGUGGAGUAG